UGAUGCCAAUUCCAAUCGACACUAACCCUAAAACUAAUCCACUCCAAUUAUAAUAAUGUUAUACAGUCCACUGAAAUUAUAAUUUUGAUUUAUAUGUUUACUCAACUAUCAUUUAAUGUCUAGGGUUGGAGUUGUAACCUGUCAGGCUCCAACUAUGGCCACAACGAAAGUUACUCAUGUAAUGCUAAAUUCCGGCCAACUGAUACCGACAAUAGGCUUCGGUACCGGAGCACUACCUAUGCCACCGCCUGAACAACUAACAUCCAUAUUUAUCGAAGCCAUCGAGGCCGGCUAUCGCCACUUUGACACGGCAGCCUCCUAUGGCACGGAGGAGUGCGUAGGCCGAGCAGUGGCUGCGGCACUGGACCGUGGCCUAAUCAAGAGCCGGAACGAAGUGUUUGUCACUUCUAAAUUGUCAAUAUAUGAUACUCACCAUGAUCUUGUUUUGCCUGCCCUCAAAGAAACGCUCAGGAAACUGGGGUUAGAAUAUGUGGACCUUUACCUCGUACACUGGCCGAUAAUGAUUAAGAAGAGUGCCAACACCACUUUGACACGGCAGCCUCCUACGACAUAG